UCUGCCAUGUGGUGGACUGUCCUUCUCUCUGGCCUCAGUACGUGCGCUACAUGGAGAAGAAGACACUGUGGUGUGCCUAUUGGGUUGGCCUGGGUAUCCUCUCCUCUGUCGGUCUUGGCACUGGCCUGCACACCUUCCUGCUUUACCUGGGACCUCACAUUGCUUUAGUGACUCUGGCUGCAUAUGAAUGUGGUUCAGUGGAAUUCCCUGAACCUCCCUAUCCAGACCAAAUAGUCUGUCCCCAACAGGAAGCACCAACAUCCGGCUCUGGUGCUGAGCAGGUGGACGUUGGGGGAGUGGGGGCAGAUGGACUGGUGGGGCAUGCAAGCCUCCAGGGAAGCAUCUCCCUCUGGACCAUCAUCUCAAAAGUUCGCCUGGAAGCUUGUAUGUGGGGCGCUGGUACAGCUAUAGGGGAGCUCCCUCCUUACUUCAUGGCACGGGCAGCCCGGUUGUCCGGUGCUGAGCCAGAUGAUGAAGAUUACCAGAAGUUUGAGGAAAUACUGGACCAGACUGAGUCCGCCCAGGAUUUUGCAUCCCGAGCCAAAGUAGCCGUCCAGAAGCUCAUCCAGAAGGUCGGGUUCUUUGGGAUUUUAGCCUGCGCCUCUAUUCCCAACCCGUUGUUUGACCUGGCAGGAUUUACAUGUUUACAUUUUUUGGUCCCCUUCUGGACUUUUUUUGGUGCAACGCUGAUUGGAAAGGCUGUGAUCAAAAUGCAUAUUCAGAAACUGUUUGUGAUCAUCACCUUCAGCAAGCACAUUGUGGAGCAGAUGGUCUCUCUCAUUGGCGCUGUUCCUCUUCUGGGUGCGGCACUAGAGAAGCCCUUCAGGGAGUACUUGGAGGCCCAGAAGGCCAAGCUGCACCAUGUCACUGGAGAGGAGACCCCAUUUGAGGAUAACUGGCUCUCGUGGCUCUUUGAGAAGGUUGUGGUCAUCAUGGUAUGCUUCUUUGUCUGUUCCAUUGUCAACUCCAUGGCGCAGAGCUAUGCCAAACGCAAGGUGAGGGAGAAGUCCUCGGACAGCAAGAUGGAAUGAGGACCAGCAGGGGAAAUAACGUGCUGGUCCACCAACCUUCUAGCCCUCCUUUCCUUCAUAUCUACUCUUUUGGCUGAUACCCCAUCAUUAUCCCAGGCAAUAAAAUGCCCCAUCUGGUUUCUCUCUUGCUUCUGUAACAACAUGUUUAUCUUGAAGUUGGAUUUCCAUUUGCUUGUUUGUGAAGGCUCUGCAAUUUAGUUGCAAUUUUGCGAUUGGUGUAUAUUUUCCUUAGAAGGUAGGUUCUUGCUGGUAUGUGUGUGACUGUAUGUAGGCACCAUCCUUUUAACUAUUCCCGUGUCUUCCUAAGUUUAUUCCAAUAGUAGAAUCCUUUUAAUUAUUAAUCGUAUUUGCUAUAUAGUUGUUGGGAUAUUCUUACAGCUUUGUAAGUUGUUCAGUAUUGGCUGGUUAGAUGAGGAAGAUCAGGUUUUCUUUAGAACUGCAUCAUUUCCACUUCUUGUCUUGCAGUUGUAGGCAUGUCAGUAAAUAUUUUAGUUUACACUUGGUGCAAUAGGUUACUUCUUCUUUUCUGGGGGCCAUAGUACUUUUGGAUAAGUAAUGAUAAAUCAGUCCUGAAUCACCCCCGCUGGUCCCUUUGUCUGCCCUCAUUGUUCUGCUUCCAGGAAGAGAGCGCAUUAGUCAGCCCGGGGCCACUUUACCAGAUGCAGCCGUAUAUUUUCAAUCAGAUCUACAACUGUGCGCGCAUCUGUGCGUCAUACGCAGAUAGUGGGUUGUGUUAGCGUGGCUGCCUCAUCUUUUGUGGAGUGAAGCGGUUUGUGAAAUCAGACCACUACCUGGUGUGCUAGAUCAGAGCUGUUCUCGGGAGAAAUCUUCUUUGUCUCCACUUGUCCUUUGGAGCUUUUUGUACCAAAAGGAGGACACCAAGCUAUUCUUUCCUUGUUGGAUAAUGUUGGCUGGCACACCAAUCACCCACUACCUUUUCCUUUUUCUUUUUGUUUUCUCCGUAAUGAAAUUUGCCGUUUUCUUCUUCCUCACUGUGCUACGCUGGACUGAGAGCAACGGGGACGCUACAGCAGGCACAAGCAGCAGGGAGGAGGGAGGGAACAAAAUCCUCCAGCUCACAGUGAAAAGCGUCUCUGCCGUUACCUCAGCUGAACCCUCAAAUGAACUCGUUGCACUCCCUCAGUCACGGAGCCAGGAGACGAAUCACUCGAGUAGAUUCAAAACAGAGGGGUACUGUUGGGUGAGCUGAACCCUGUGCUGUGCACUGGAUCUAGUCUAGAACAUUCACAUGUCCUCCUUUUUUUUCCUCCUAUCACGGUAAGUCUGAUUAGGUUUCUCUCUCUCGUUCUUUCUUUUUUUUUUAAAUUCAUUGUUUUAUGUGUGUCCGUGCAUACGUCUUCAGGCAUGUCCGUCACUCUCUCGGCCUGUCAGAUAGCUUAUCAGACUGGUGUUGGCUGUUAAGAUUGCAAGGCGACAACAGUCUGUAGGCUGUCUGACAUUUCGGGCUCUUUCAUCUGACCAGCAUCUUGUUGUGUCCUCCUCUUCCUCAUUGGUAUAUCAUUGUUUCAGUUAGCAUCAGUUCUCAUUCAGAGGUGCGUGCGCUACGAUGUCACUUCCUCUUAUCCCAACCGCUUGCAAAACGUCAGAGAUGUGGGUCUAUUGUUAUUUCCUCUAUGCUGACGUCUGUGAGAGGUUUUAUGUGGCUUUUUUGUGAAGAACUGUGUUUGAAAAUGCAGAUGCUAGUGUGUGAGUGGUGUGUUGGUGUGUGAGUGUGAGCUGACUCUGUCUUUUUGAAUUUCCAGAGAAUCCAGACGGUACACACCUUAUUGCAAAACAGCAAAUUGUGACACCCACCCUUAGGUAUAGUACACGCAGUGCUCUUUCGGCUUCCUCCUUCCCCUUUUUACACUUCCCUCUUCUGUUGCAAUGAAAACUUUCUUCUGUUGCUCAAUACUCAUUUUUGUAUGAGGUAGCACUUUAUUGGAAGCCCUGUUGUGUUAGUUUUUUUUUACCCACAAGUAAAUAUAACAGGAUGAAAUUAGUCUGACCCUUUUUUCCCCGUUUUGAGAAAACAAGUUGAACUUUCUUUAGGUUGUAAAAGUAAAAUCACCGAGCUGGAAUGCCUUGCUGUCAUAAGGAAUGUUUUUCUUGGCCCGUUUCAGGAUGUCCUGUUCCAAUAGGGAGCCCCUUUUGGCACAACUACCUGAAUGUGUUUGUAUAGAAACUUAGCUUAGGUGUUUCAGGGUGAAUCCCUGUUUAUGAUAAAUGUAUGUAAUUUGCUUUUAAAGCUGUAUACAUUAUCCUUUCCUGUAAUUUUAUCUUCAAUAAAGCUGAAUUAAAAAAGAAAAAAAAA